UCCUUGCGCGAAACGCGCACACCCGUUUCCCUAUAGUUUCUUUCCGCGCUUAAGUAAUGGGAGCGAAAAGCAAAAGCAGUCGCUGCUCCUCGUUUUGUCACUUCCUCCCACCAGCAUCUCCGCAAGUGAAUUAGAUAGAUACGCGCGGGUCGUGUUCCUCCAGCUCCGCUCAAGAGCACACGCAUGUACUUGGCAUUUGGUUAGCUGCUUUUUGGAGCGAUGCUGCCGACUGCAAACACGACCUUAGUUCAAGAGCACGACUGAUCGCCGCUAGCUAAGCAUGGCUCACGGGGGUUCCUCUCCGGUCCAGGAUUUUUUUGGAUCGGUCAUCUUUCGCCGCUCUGAAGUGAGCUACCGGCCGGCUGAGUCGGAUGACGGAGAUGGAUCUCUCAGCAGCCGCGCUAAAAAUAGAAACCCACUGCAAGCGGCCUCAACUUUUUUCCACCAACGAACCACUUUGGAAAAGAUACUUCUAGUCUUAGUUGUAUUCUUGUUCAUUACCGUUGUGAUAAUAUGCAUCUUCAUCAGAGGCAAUCCGCAAAAAUUGCUCCUUGUUGGUUCCCAUUUGUUGAGGGAAAAAGGGGCCGAAGGGUACUGCAUGACAACAGCGUGCGUCACGGCCGCCGCAUCGAUUUUGCAAACGAUGGACCAGAGCGUCAAUCCGUGCGAAGACUUUUACCAAUACGCAUGUGGUGGGUGGAGCAAAACCACGGUCAUCCCUGAGGGCAAGUCCCUCUGGGGCACAUUCAGCGUUAUUGAACAGCAGAACCAAAGAGUCAUUAAAAAGAUUUUAGAGCAACCAAAGGGGAACCGGAGCAGCAGCGCCGAGGACAAGGCUAAAAUGUACUACAUUUCCUGCAUGGACCCAAACAACACCAUUGAGACUCUGGGCGCGGCCCCGUUGCAGGAGAUACUCACCGAGGUUGGAGGCUGGAACGUCAGCGGAAAAUUUGAAGUGAAAGAUUGGCAACUGCAGAAAUCGUUGCACGUCUUGCAAAUUAAAUAUGGCAUGAACGGACUAUUCUCGUGGGCCGUCAACGAGGACGACAAAAACUCUAGCAGAUACGCCAUUCAAGUCGACCAAGGUGGACUGACCCUUCCGACGACGGCGCAUUACCUGAACAAAACCACCAAUGCAAAAAUUAUGCAGGCCUACUUGGAGUAUAUGGUUAAUAUCGGCACGCUUUUGGGCGGCGAAAAGAACGCGACCACCAGGCAGAUGCAGGAGGUGAUUGAUUUUGAGACGGAAAUAGCCAACAUUACCACUCCAACCGAGGAACGACGCGACGAUGAGAAACUGUACCACUCAAUGAAAGUGACGGAACUACAGAGUCUGGCACCAUUCAUCAACUGGCUGGACUACUUCAACGAAGCCUUCAAGAUGGUCAACAAAAAAAUAGCACCCAACGAUUCGAUCAUCGUCUACGCUCCCGAUUACUUGCAGAAUUUGACCAAAAUCAUCGACAAGUACAGCAAAACCGACGACGGGAAAAACGUCAUCAACAACUACCUGGUGUGGCAAAUGAUCCACUCAUUGGCUUUCUACUUGUCCAAGGACUUCAGACAAGCUUUUAAAGGACUGAGGAAGGUCCUCACAGGAACUCAGGGCGAAGACGAGUCCUGGAGGUAUUGCGUGUCUGAUACAAAUUCCGUGCUUGGUUAUGCGGUCGGCGCAAUGUUUGUGAGGGAAAAAUUCAACAACAAUUCCAAAGCAUUCGCCGAGUCAAUGCUAAACGAAAUCCGGCUAUCUCUGAAGGUUAAUAUACACAAAGUGCCUUGGAUGGACGAUGAAACUAAGAAGGCGGCCAUCAGCAAAGCCAAUGCUAUUACAGAUAUGAUCGGUUUCCCGGAUUACAUUCUAAGGCCGGAGUUGCUCGACGCCAAGUACAAGCGACUGGAAAUUCAAGGCAACCAGUAUUUCAAGAACAAUAUUCGCGCCAUCCAAUUCAACAUGGUAGAAUUGUUGGAAAAGCUGCAUCAGCCAGUCAACCGAACAUUAUGGGACAUGACGCCGCCGACCGUAAACGCCUACUACAACCCGACCAAAAACCAAAUCGUGUUUCCGGCGGGCAUCUUGCAGUUACCCUUUUUCGACGUCAAUAACCCAGCUGCCCUUAAUUUCGGAGGCAUGGGAGUGGUGAUGGGGCACGAGUUGACGCACGCUUUUGACGACCAAGGACGCGAGUAUGACAAGGAAGGAAAUCUGAAUCACUGGUGGAAUAACAUCACCAUAGAAAAAUUCAAAGAGCAGACCAAGUGCAUCGUGGACCAAUAUUCCGCAUUUAAAAUGGACAACGUCAACUUAAACGGAAAACAAACUCUGGGAGAAAACAUAGCCGACAAUGGAGGGCUCAAAGCCUCUUUCUACGCGUAUCAAAAGUGGCGUCAAACUCAGAAUGAGUGGCCACUACCUGGACUGGGAGAAAUGUCGCAAAACAUGCUAUUUUUCGUGAAUUUCGCGCAAGUGUGGUGCUCGGCCAGCACCCCCGAAGCCAACCAACUGCAGAUUGAAAAGGACCCGCACUCGCCGUCCAGAUUCCGAGUCAACGGGCCAGUUUCCAACUUCCAAGAGUUUGCUAACGUCUUCAACUGCCCAGUGGGCAGCGCCAUGAACCCAAAGGAGAAGUGCUCUGUUUGGUAAAUUAAAUGUCACGCCAGGAGGAAAGGAGCGAGGGAAAGAGGGAGGCGAGGAGCGUAAAUGUGAACCUAUAAUAUGUAUUCUAAGUCAUUUGACCGAUCAAUGUUCUCUAGUAUACUUUUAUUUCUAAUUGACUCUGCGAGACAAAAUAAAGGCUAUAAUCUAUAUUUUGUGUGAAAA